AUGCCUACGAACCUUCCUAGACCAUGCUCACUAUGCAUCCGCCGGCUCAGGCCGCGAUCGCUCCCCACCCGCAGCCCUUCCCGCCGCCUCCUCUCCUCUGCCUCCCAAGACACACCAAGCAAAGACCCGUCCGCCACCGCCUCCGAAAAGCCAGGCAACAAGGCCCCCGCCGCUGCACCCCAAGAUGGCCCUCCAGACGAAGACAGCCUCCAAGGCGCCCUCUCCCGCCGCCUCGAGCAAGCGACCGAAGAAGCCCUGACAGGCAGCACAUCCGGCUUCCGCGCCGUCACCACGGAAGCAGGCUUCUCCCCGGCUCUCAAGGACCGCCUCUUCGAAAAGGUCCAGGCCGCCACGUUCCAGGACGCCCACGCCGCCGCCUUUGCCGAGGCGGGCCUCACGGCGCGCGAGGGCACCGUGCCCGCCGUAUCGGCAGCGGCGUCGGCGGCGACGCCCUUGGACGGGCACCGAGACGCAGCACGACGCCGUGCUGCGCAUGCUCGACGACGCCCACAGGCCGCUGCCCGUGGCGCCGCGGGGCACCUACCGCAUCCCGGAGGCCCGGGGGGUUGCCCGGGAGGCAAAACCCCAGUUAAAGGCGCCUGGGUCGGGGCGGCCCAAGGGCCGGAAAAAGGGCGGUGGCAAAACUCAACUUAA